AAUUAUAACCAGAAUACUGAAAUCCACCAACAGGACAGAAGCAACCACUGUUCCAAUGUUGAGGAUGGAAGUAGCUAAUGAGACUAUGGCUAUACAAGCUGACAUCUCAAAUCACGGACAAACCCCUCUAGCAAAGAAUGGGGACAGCCAUGAAUACCUCUACAUCCUGAUCGUGAUGUCUUUCUACGGUAUAUUCCUGUUGGGAAUCAUGCUGGUGUACAUGAGAUCUAAAAGGAGGGAGAAGGAAUCCAACCUAAUGCUGCUCUACAAGGACGAGGAGAAGCAGUGGAUGGAGAACAGGAAGACCACUUUUGUCUUGUCUGUACCUAGGUCUUUACAGAAUACCAAUAUACUCAGUGUCCUCCAGGAAAGUGUAGGUCCUGCUCUCUCCUGCACAGCCUGCAACUUGGAAGGCAGUAGCCUGAGCUCAGAGUCCUCCUCUUCUGAGGUACACUUUACCAUACAGGAGGAAGCAACAGAGAACCUCCUUCAAGAGGGGCCAGAGCAUGAAGGCAAUGAGGACAAGGCACAGAUUUCCUAGCGAUUUUGAACUCAAAUUCAGAAAUCAAGGUGGCUCAGAAAUCCAUAGGAUAUCUGUAAAUGAAAUACUAACCCUGUCUUUUAGGGCCAAGGUGUGCACUAAGCUCCAUCUGCUGAGGUAGAGUACAACUACAUAGUGUACACAACCAUGCAAGGGUGUGUGUAGGUUUAUAUAUGUAUUUCUGUGCGGAAAUGAACAGUCGAAAGGCAUAUGACCUUACAACACUUUUUGGACUUGACCCAAGAAGAUAAGGGACAGAUGACCCUCCAUGUAGGGUCCAAAGCAUGGCACAGUGGCUGUAACUGAAUGUGCAUGUCAUACAACGGAACUGGGAAUUGUUAAUGUGAAUUUGAGAUAGGAAAAAUAAAACAAUGUUUCUUAA